CCACAGCACGCUGUGCGCGAGGCGGAUGUCCGGGCCGGUAGGGCCGGAGACACGGACGAGAUGGCGGAAGGCGGGGGCUGUUGUGAGCGACCGGAUGCGGAGACCCAGAAAUCCGAGCUCGGGGCCUUAAUGAGGACCACGCUCCAACGAGGGGCGCAGUGGUAUCUUAUUGACAGCCGGUGGUUCAAGCAGUGGAAGAAGUAUGUGGGCUUCGACAGCUGGGAUAUGUACAGUGUGGGUGAACAUAAUCUGUUUCCUGGCCCGAUAGAUAACUCCGGACUCUUUUCAGAUCCUGAGAGUCAGACCUUGAAAGAACAUUUAAUUGAUGAAUUGGACUAUGUAUUGGUCCCAGCUGAGGCCUGGAAUAAGUUACUAAACUGGUAUGGCUGUGUAGAAGGCCAGCAGCCCAUUGUCAGAAAAGUUGUAGAGCAUGGCCUGUUUGUCAAGCACUGCAAGGUGGAGGUGUAUUUGCUGGAAUUGAAGCUUUGUGAGAACAGUGACCCCACCAAUGUGCUGAGUUGCCAUUUCAGCAAGUCAGACACCAUCGCAACCAUUGAGAAGGAAAUGCGGAAGUUGUUCAACAUCCCUGUGGACCGUGAGACACGGCUGUGGAACAAAUACAUGAGCAACACCUACGAGCAGUUGAGCAAGCUAGACAACACUGUGCAGGAUGCUGGGCUGUACCAGGGUCAGGUGCUAGUAAUUGAGCCACAAAACGAAGAUGGCACGUGGCCAAGGCAGACCCUGCAGUCAAAAUCAAGCACUGCGCCUAGCAGAAAUUUUACUACCUCUCCAACAUCAUCAGCAAGUCCCUAUUCCUCAGUAUCUGCCUCUCCCAUUUCAAAUGGUGAUAGCACUAACACCUCUGGGAUGCACAGUUCCGGUGUCAGCAGGGGUGGAUCUGGCUUCUCUGCUUCGUAUAAUUGUCAGGAGUCCCCAUCAACUCACGUACAACCUGGGCUCUGUGGACUUGGAAACCUGGGAAACACCUGCUUCAUGAACUCCGCCUUGCAGUGCUUAAGCAACACUGCACCACUGACCGACUACUUUCUCAAAGAUGAGUAUGAGGCUGAAAUCAACAGGGACAACCCUCUGGGAAUGAAAGGGGAAAUUGCAGAGGCCUAUGCAGAGCUCAUUAAGCAGAUGUGGUCUGGAAGGGAUGCUCACGUGGCACCUCGCACGUUCAAAUCAUUUAGCACACACUUAAGUGACUCAGCCCCCACCUCUGGGCCGAGGAUACUUCAGAUAAUCAUUUGUAUUACUCAGGUGGGACGUUUUGCCCCUCAGUUUUCUGGCUACCAACAACAAGACUCUCAGGAGCUGUUAGCCUUUCUUCUAGAUGGAUUGCACGAAGAUCUGAACCGAGUGAAGAAAAAACCGUACCUGGAGCUGAGGGAUGCCAAUGGGCGGCCAGAUGCGGUUGUGGCAAAGGAAGCCUGGGAGAAUCAUAGGUUGAGGAAUGACUCUGUGAUUGUGGACACGUUCCAUGGCCUCUUCAAAUCUACCUUGGUUUGCCCAGAAUGUGCUAAGGUUUCUGUGACCUUUGAUCCAUUUUGCUAUCUAACUCUCCCACUGCCCUUGAAGAAAGAUCGAGUUAUGGAGAUCUUCCUGGUUCCCGCUGACCCUCGCUGCAGACCUACCCAGUACCGUGUGAUUGUGCCGCUGAUGGGGGCUGUGUCUGACCUGUGUGAGGCUCUCUCCAGGCUGUCUGGCAUUGCUGUGGAAAACAUGGUGGUCACAGAUGUGUAUAAUCACCGGUUCCACAAAAUUUUCCAAAUGGAUGAAGGUUUAAACCACAUCAUGCCUCGGGAUGACAUUUUCGUGUACGAGGUCUGCAGCACUUCCACAGACGGCUCUGAAUGUGUCACGCUUCCAGUGUACUUCAGGGAAAGGAAAUCCAGGCCGUCGAGCACUUCCACUGGGGCAGUGCUAUAUGGGCAGCCACUGCUGGUUUCUGUCCCCAAGUACAAGCUCACCCUCGAGUCUUUGUACCAGGCUGUUUGUGAGCGUAUCAGCCGCUAUAUAAAACAACCUUUGCCUGAUGAGUCUGGCAGCUCGCCCUUGGAGCUGGGGUCCUGCAAUGGCUCCAGGGGCAGCUGUGAAGGAGAAGACGAAGAAGAAAUGGAGCAUCAGGAAGAAGGCAGAGAGCAGCUUUCAGAAACAGAGGACAGUGGGGAGGAUGAGCUGGGAAGUGACCAUGGCGAGACCACCCAAAAGAAGCUCAAAGGCCGACCCUGCCCAAAAAGGCUUUUUACCUUCUGCCUUGUGAACUCCUAUGGCACAGCCGACCUAAAUUCCCUUGCAGCUGAUGGGAAACUGCUUAAACUCAACUCUCGAUCCACACUAGCCAUCGAUUGGGAUAGUGAGACCCGGAGCCGUUAUUACGAUGAGCAGGAAUCUGAGACCUACGAGAAGCACGUCAGCAUGUUGCAGCCUCAGAAGAAAAAGAAGACAGCAGUGGCCCUGAGAGACUGCAUCGAGCUCUUCACUACCAUGGAGACCCUUGGGGAGCAUGACCCCUGGUACUGUCCCAACUGUAAGAAGCAUCAACAGGCCACAAAGAAGUUUGACCUGUGGUCCUUGCCGAAGAUUCUGGUGGUCCACCUCAAACGUUUCUCCUACAAUAGAUACUGGAGGGACAAACUUGAUACAGUUGUGGAAUUCCCAGUCAGAGCUCUGAACAUGUCUGAGUUUGUCUGUGACCUGUCAGCAAGGCCUUAUGUGUACGACCUCAUUGCCGUGUCCAAUCAUUAUGGAGCCAUGGGGGUUGGCCACUACACUGCGUACGCGAAGAACAAACUGAAUGGGAAAUGGUAUUACUUUGAUGAUAGCAGUGUGUCCCUGGCCUCCGAGGAUCAAAUAGUGACGAAAGCAGCUUAUGUGCUGUUUUACCAGCGGCGAGAUGAUGAGUUGUAUAAGACGACUUCACUCAGUUUUCCUGGAUCCUUUGAUGGAGGGACGAGACCAGGCAGCUUACAGCAGGGCAUGGGGGAUGAUGAGACUUGCAGCAUGGACACCAACUGAUGCUGCCUCAGUGACGCUGCACCACAGCACCGGUGCAGUCCCUCAGGAGAACACCUUUGACACUGAAGACUUGCUAGUGUUCCGUCUAAAAACCGGAUGAGGAAAUUCUUUCUUUUAUGAGAAAAAAAAAAAAAAAAGGGUUAUGUGAGGAGGCUGAAUUAUUUUUCUUUUUAUACAGGUGGUGAGAAAUUUCUGUAAAACCUCGUGGAGCUGCAAAGUAGGGGUCGGGAGGGGGGGCACAUAAUGGAAUAUGUCUGAUGGAUUCCAGAGAACGGAGAGGAACACACUGUCAUUGAGUUUGGUGUGGCCAUGAAGACCUGCCACAGGCUGGUGAAUGAUUACUGUUCCCCCCAGUAGUCUGCCCACAGUAAAUGAAGCCUCGACUAAAUGAUGUCAUCCCCUUCUCCCUUGCUGUGCACUGAGAUGGGUUUAUAAUACCCUAAAAAUUAGCCACCAAAGCCCAUUUCUGUUUCCCUUUGUGUCAUCUUGGAAUAUCCAGCUUUCUUCUCCCUAAUGAAAUGAAGAUGCUUGGUGUUGGGGUUUCCUGCCCCUCCGUCUCCUGUGGAACCUAGCAGUUCUGUUAUGUACCCCAGCAUCCUUGAUGAAUUGAUACCCCUCUGGCACUUUUAUUAGAUAUCACUUGGAAGUUGGUACACUAAACUGCUGGGUACUGGG